AUGGCUGCUCUGAGCAGUCUCGGCCGCCUUCGGAGAGACGAACCGGGUGGCAGGACGGGCUUCAUCGGGACAGCCCUAGCCCAGCUGCUAAGAGCCCGGGGCCACGAAGUGACGCUGGUCUCCCGACAGCGGGGUCCCGGCCGGAUCACCUGGGACGCGCUCGCCCAGUCCGAGCUGCCCAGCUGCGACGCCGUGGUCAACCUGGCCGGAGCGAACAUCCUCAACCCUCUCCGAAGGUGGAAUGAAGCCUUCCAGGAAGAGGUUGUCAGCAGCCGCCUGGAGACCACGAAGAUACUGGCUAAAGCCAUCAGCGAGGCCCCACAACGCCCCCAGGCCUGGGUCUUAGUCACAGCUUACUACCAGCCCAGCCAGACUGCAGAGUAUGAUGAAGACAGCCCAGGAGGGGAUUUUGACUUUUUCUCCAAGCUCGUAGCCAAGUGGGAAGCUGCAGCCAGGCUUCCUGGACACUCUACACGCCAGGUGGUGGUGCGCUCUGGAGUUGUGCUGGGCCGUGGUGGUGGUGCCAUUGGCCACAUGCUGCUGCCCUUCCGCCUGGGCCUGGGGGGCCCCAUCGGCUCAGGCCAUCAGUUCUUCCCUUGGAUACACAUUGGGGACCUGACAGGAAUCGUGGCCUAUGCCCUGGAAGCAGACCACGUGCAGGGAGUCCUGAAUGGAGUAGCCCCAGCCUCUACCACUACCAAUGCGGAGUUUGCCCAGGCCUUGGGCACUGCCCUUGGCCGCCCGGCCUUCAUCCCUCUGCCCAGUAUUGUGGUGCAAGCUAUCUUUGGGCGAGAACGUGCCAUUAUGCUACUGGAGGGCCAGAAGGUGGUCCCGCGGCGGACACUGGCUGCUGGCUACCAGUAUUCCUUCCCAGAGCUCGGGGCUGCCUUGAAGGAAGUCGUAGCCUAAGUGGGAGGCUCAUGGCAGGGGCUGAAGGGCCUGUCCCCGAGCAAAGGCUUCCUGGCCACAUAAUCCACCUGGGCUCAGUAUGCUACAGGCCCAGUACUCCU